ACUCUGGGAUUUGAAGCACCAUUGUGAUCUCAGGAAUGUGUGUUCCAUGAUGUUUUUCAAUAACCAGUCCAGAAGGACUCUGCUAGGGAAGUUGGGAUUUUUUCUGUUUUGUAGGGUCUUACCUUUGAGAGGAGAAGUCUUGUUUAGGAGAAUUAUGAAGUAUUGUUGUCAUUUCUCUUGAAUUCCUUUCUUGCAUUUGGUGAGCUUGAACUCAUAUCUGCCCAGUGGUGAUGUGAUAUUUUAUGAACCAAUAUAAAUUUUGUAAAGAACUAUGGAAGUUCUGAAUUUGAAUAGCCUUGGCUCUCUUCCACUUCAGGGGUCUGUAUCAGGCAUAUACAUUCCAUAACAUACUUUCUAGUUGCUGGUUUCUAAAUGUCCCUUUUUGUCUGAAUCUUAGGAACUGCGUGCAAUCACUGAUGGAGGGCUUGCAUUACUUCAAGUUGGUUUUUCAUUCAGAGUCCUCAUCAUUGACACAAUCUUGGUAACUUGGCCAAACUGAAGCCCAGUGUCUUGAUUGCUGGCUGGUGGCUUGUGAACUGGAUAUUAGGGAAAUGACUGUUCAUUCUCUGAUUUUGUAUGUUAGACUUCUUUGUACCAAAAAGUCCCCUGCAAAGUAAUGUUGCUGCAGAUGUAGUGUUGUUAUGGAAAAUGCACGUGCACUGCACUUUGUGUUCAAAGGUGACACUAUUGAAGGGGAGAUUUUUAUCAUGGAGUGUGGUUGUGACUGAUAAAACCAACUGGGAACUAAAAACCCCAGUCCUUUGCUGACCUUUUGCAUUUAUUGCCCAAGUUCCCUGACGAAUCAUUUUUUUCAACCUUCCACUACACCUACAGGGAGAAGGAUGGGAAGGUGGAAUCACUGUUGUAUUUCCUCCUGGCCUGGAAUCCAACUACAUUCUUCCCAUAGGUAUUGAUCCUCAUAUACCUGGGUUGUCAUGGAGUAAGAGUGAAGUUGCUAAGGAAAUUCUUGCUCUCGCAAAGCUAGGUAAGAACAGAGAGAUCAAACUUCUCUGCUCUGGUGGUCCCCAGUGGGUGUGGCAAACUAAAAACCAGCAACGGUUACGAAAGAGUUUCCUGUGCAGUAUCAGCUGGACUAUCAUACUGUGAGCAGUUGCUCCGAUUUUGGCAGCCAGGACGGUUGGGCUAAACGGCAGAAGGUCUCUGGGCUCAUUGAUCUGAAUUUCUCUGUCUUGGGGGAUUUUAUGCCAUGGAUGGCUGAGACCUCCUGCUGAUCACUGGAUUCCUGAAUUUCUGGUCCCAUUUGUCUCCUCCAGCUACAAGCUGGGCCACUGGACCAUUUGCCCCCAGAACGACUCCUCCAAACAGAGAUGAGUGAGCAAACAGUUGUCUAUACAGAGUUGAAAGCAAAAAAGUCCUCUCAACCCCUGCCCAAGAGACCAAAGACCGACAAGAACGAAGAUUCAGCAAGGGAGCACGAACUAACCUACACUGAGUUGAAACUGCCUAGGCCUUCUCCACAGCAGAGCAGACGAGUGAGAGUUAAGGGAAAAGACACAUCAACCUCACUAUGGAGACUCAUUACAGUGAUUUUAGGAAGUUUCUGCCUUGUACUCCUGGCAACAACAUGUGUCUUGACUACUCAGGUGCUCCAAGGAGCUUCUUCAAACAUCACCACCAACCAGACAGGACAUCACUGUAGUCCUUGUCCAGAGAACUGGUUCCUGUAUAGAAACAACUGCUACCUCUUUUCUAAAGAAAAAAGAAAGUGGAAUGAAAGUCGAGCUAUCUGUCGAUCUCAUAAUUCCGGUCUCCUGAAGAUAGAGAACAAGGGAGAACUGGAUUUCUUGUCCCUGUUUGCACUCUACGGAUGGACUGGACUCUACCGAAGUGGAAGAAAUCAAACUUGGAAGUGGUCCGAUGGCUCAAAUCUUUCCAUAGGCCUGCUGCAUAUAACCUUGGACGAAUCUGGUAAAGACUGUGCCAAAUAUCAUCCAUCAAAUCCAGCUUCUCCUGAAGAGUGUGAAUCUCUUCAAAAGUACAUCUGUAAGUAUAGGAUUCCAUAGCUUUCAUCUUCGGAGCUCAUGGACAGGUCUUCAUGGAGAACAUCUGCAAAGGGACUGGAUCCUGACAUUCCAUGGAUUAGGCACAGUGUUUCACAGUGUAAGACCCCAUUGCUCCAUCUUUGUUAAAUUCAAAGGAAGUCACAGUGGGAUCGUGCUGGAAACACCUGACCUGAAGAGACCUGGUUGAAACUCUAGAUUGGAAACUCCUUGUGGGCAGGAAGUGAGUCUACCAACUCCAUAUAUUGUACUUUCCCAACCGCUUUAAUACGAUGCUUUGAACACAGUAAGUGCUCAAUAAAUACCAUUAAUUGAGUGAAGUAAUUUCUUUAGUCUUUAGUGGACUUUUAAGACACCUUCAAG